GCGGGCGGGUUGGGGAAUGGGGUUCCCCAUCAUGUCGAGCUGGCGCUCCCAGGGGAACAUCGGCUUCAACCCAGCAGUGCCCGUUCACAGAUGCUCCCGGGCAGCUCUGGGGUUGCACCAUCCCACGCACAGCAUUUUAUUAAGCAUCCUGGUUCAUUUUAUUAAAUCCUCACCCCCGCCGCAGAGCGAAGAGCCGGGACGGCGAGGGGCGGUGGAGCAGAAGGGAACAGGCUUUGUCCCCCCGCCCAGCCCAGGGGCGGUGCGGCCGGGGCUCCCAACGCCGCCUCGCUCCUCGCCCAGCGUUUGCCGGCGUGGGGGAAAGCCGUCCUUUGGGAAGAAACCCGUCUCUUGCGGGCUUGUAGGGUCCCAGUGCCAUGCGGGGCCUGCUGCUCUGCGGGGGCUGGCUGCUGGCUGCCGGCUACCUGGUGGGUGCCACGGGCAGCUGCCGGCACCGGUGCUGCCCGGGCAGGAAUAACGCCUGCUGGGUCCCAGGCGCCCGCCGGGCUCGCUGCUACUGCGACUCGUACUGCGAGAGGACGGGCGACUGCUGCGAGGACUACCGUGCCGCGUGCCGCCGUGCCGCAGCGGUGGGCUGCGCGGUGGGACCGUGGGGGCCGUGGAGCGGGUGCAGCUCCCCGUGCGGGGUUGGCAGCAAGGCCCGCAGCCGCCAGGUCGCCGUUCCGCCCCGGCACGGAGGGGAACCCUGUCCCGACCUCAAGCAGCGCCGCGGCUGCCUGGGGGAGCACCCGACCUGCGGGACGGCCGAAGAGGUGGCCAAGAUAUUACCCGACUCCUUCAGCCGGGACUUCGGGGAUGCCUGGCGAAGAGCUGGGCUGCUGCUGCCGGAGGAGCCGUCCGGCUACUGCGGCUACUUCCGCCUGACGCAGGUAGGCCCCCCCUGCCGCGGGCAGGCCUGGAGCCGCCAGCUGCACCGGGACAAGCGGGUGUGCGUCGAGUGCCGGGGGCACGUGUCCCACCGCCGUCCCCGUUGCACCGGACACGGGCUGCAAGGAGCCAGGACGUUCUGGGUGGCCGCCUCCAUGGUGGGGUGCCAGGGCUCGUGGGUGCAGGAGGGGCUGCAGGAAGGUUGUGUCUGCUCCCCACCGGCUCUCAUCUUCGUGUAGCAUCCCCCUGGGAAGGCUUGCUGCUCACCCUUGGAGCUGACUCCCUGCGUUUUCCAUUAAGUAUUUUGUUGAAGAAUGGGAAGAAAGCACUGCUUAUAAAGAUUAAAAAUAAGGGAAUUGCAAAAGUAUUGUGAUUAAUGGUGAAAGAACAUCACGCUGAGGUUAAAUUUGGGUGAGAAGAUGAUGCGGUGGUGACAUGGGAAGACAACAUGAUGAUGUCAUGCUCAGCCGUGACAUCACGCCAUGCAACGAGCUGCCAUUGGCAAGCAACGUGAGGAUGGAGAUAGCAUCCUUCCUCUGCGUGUUCACGCUGGCCCAACUGCAGUGAACUGUCGGGCGAGCUGUGAAGGGCGGCUUGGCUGCGUGCUGUGGUUUGCAGAGAGAAAUUAAAUGUAGGCACUCCAAGUCUGCACGUGGGUGAUGAUGCCGGUGGGUGUCCGGGUCCAGCCGCGGGGCUUAGCAGUCCCCACUGGAGGGAGCGGGGCCGGACUGGGUGAUGCUGGGCUGUGCUGGUGCCCUUCCCCACUCCUCACCCAGCAUGACAUGGGGUCCCUAGUUCAGCCU